UUUGAGGCGGAGAACCGAAGGAAGAAGCGCGAUGUUCCGCAAUCAGUAUGACACGGACGUGACUGUGUGGAGUCCCCAAGGCCAUCUGCAUCAGAUAGACUACGCCAUGGAGGCAGUCAAGCAAGGUUCUGCCUGUCUUGGUCUUCGCAGCAACUCGACCGUCGUUUUGGCUGCGAUCAAGCGCGUUCAAUCGGAGCAGCUGGCCGACCCGACGAAAAAGUUGUUCGAAAUCGACACCCACAUGGGCAUUGCUAUCGCUGGAUUGACUGCAGACGCGCGUUCGUUGGCACGGUUCAUGCGCACGGAAGCACUCAACCACAAGUUCGUCUACGGCAGCGCGCUUCCCGUCGCUCGUCUCGUCAGCGAUGUUGCCGACAAGAAGCAAGAGUGCACACAGUCCUACGUCCGACGUCCUUAUGGCGUGGGUCUGCUUGUUGCUGGCGUGGAUAAAAAUGGUCCUCAUCUCUUCCAGACGUGCCCUUCCGGCAAUUACUACGAGUACAACGGCAUUGCCAUUGGCGCCCGGUCGCAGUCGGCUCGCACAUACUUGGAGAAGCAUUUCCAAUCGUUUCCUACAUUGGGCAAGGACGACCUGAUCAAGCACGCGCUGCAAGCUAUUCGAGGCUGUUUGGAAGGCAACCAGGAGUUGUCUGCGACCAACAUCUCUGUGUCAGUCGUGGGGGUGAACCAGUCGUUUACGAUCAUUGAAGGCGCGGCAUUGCAGCCAUACAUCGAUGCCGUGGAAGUGGCGGACGCGACGGACGAUGUCUCGAUGACCUAAAUCGUGGACCGUUCCCGAUACAACGAGAGCUAGGUUCAUCUAGUGUGUUGUCGUAAUGUUACAAUUCCUCGGCACCCUCGGUCGUGUUACUGCAGCAUCGACAUCUGAAUUGCCCGCUGC